AUGCGUUUGUAUCUACAGGGGAGAGAGAAAGAAAGAAAGAAAAACGCGGAGAGAAUAGUAUAUGAAAUAAAAAUAAAUGAGGGGCGACAUGUUUCCGGUGGCUGCGUGUCGGCUCUUCCACUUCGACUCUGUUUUGUUUUGUUUUGUUGUUUUCAUCUUCAUUUUUGGUCCCUUCGCUCGGUUUUUCAUGCCAGUUUCCUCACGUUAUAUUAUGUUUCCUCUCCAUUGCCUUUCAUGAACCUCGAGGCGGAGAAAUAG